AUGAGCAACUCAAACUUUCUCGAUAAAGCCAUAGCCAUUGUUCAAAAAGCCAUUGAUGAGGAUGUCAAACAGAACUACGCGGAAGCGUACAAGCAAUAUCAAGAUGCUUUGGAUUAUUUCAUGAUGGUGAACGAGAAGAACGACAAACUCAAAGAACUCAUCCGUAAAAAGUUCACUGAAUAUCUUGAUAGAGCCGAAAAGCUCAAAGAACAUAUAGCUAAAUCUGAAGAGAAACGCACACGUACCAAAGUUGGGGCUACGGGUGGCGGGGGGUCAGCAGCAGGUGGACCAGACGUGAAAGAUGAUGACGAUCCCGAAAUCAAGAAGUUACGACAAGGUCUACAAGGGGCUAUCUUAUCGGAAUCACCUAAUGUGCAAUGGGAUGAUGUGGCCGGUUUGGCACAGGCUAAAGAGGCUUUGAAAGAAGCCGUCAUUUUACCUAUCAAAUUCCCACAGCUGUUUACGGGGAAGAGAACGCCUUGGAGGGGUAUAUUACUAUAUGGACCACCGGGAACUGGGAAGAGUUACUUGGCAAAGGCCGUAGCUACAGAGGCGAAGAGCACGUUCUUCAGUGUAUCAAGUAGUGAUUUAGUUUCCAAAUGGAUGGGAGAGUCUGAAAGACUAGUGAAACAGCUAUUCACCAUGGCUCGAGAACAAAAACCAGCCAUCAUAUUCAUCGAUGAAAUUGAUUCUCUCACAGGUACUCGUGGCGAAGGCGAAUCGGAAGCUUCUAGACGAAUCAAGACUGAAUUUCUUGUCCAAAUCAACGGUGUGGGCAACGAUGACACUGGAGUAUUAGUGUUAGGCGCUACCAAUAUACCGUGGCAACUCGAUCCUGCUAUCAAACGUCGUUUCGAGAAACGUAUUUACAUCCCUCUACCCGAUGUCCAUGCUCGGAGACGUAUGUUUGAAUUGAACGUCGGGACGACACCUCAUGGAUUGACAAACGCCGAUUUUCAACAUCUCGCCGAGCAAACAGAGGGAUAUUCAGGGAGUGAUAUUGCUGUUAUCGUGAGGGAUGCUUUGAUGCAGCCUGUCAGAAAAGUUCUUUCAGCCACACAUUUCAGAGAGGUAACCACUGAUGGUCCAUCUGGUCCCGUUACCAAACUCACCCCCUGUUCCCCCGGCGCAGAUGGAGCGAUGGAGAAGACAUGGACGGAUGUUGAGUCUGAUCAAUUAUUGGAACCAUUACUAGGGGUGAGGGACUUUGAGAGGAGCAUACAGGUCAAUCGGCCUACUGUCUCUCAGGCGGAUAUCCAGAAACACAUCGAUUUCACUAAUGAGUCUGGUGGGGAAGGAGUGUAA